AUGACCGAAGAUGGCGGGGAUUCGGAGGCGUAUCGUGGGGCGGGAAGCCAUAGGAGGAGCGUCAUCUACUCGGAUGGCACGUCACGGCCGGGGACCGCGAGGACGGGCAUAUCACAGAGGAGCCCCUGGGCCCAGGGUUCGUCUCUGCGCCGUGGACUCUCAGGCAAGCGGGUGAGCAUCUCCGGCAGCGUCGGCAGCUCAUCGGCGGGGGCUCGGCCAGCUAGCUCAAUGAGUCGAAGUCACGUCCCUACGCUCACGUCGCAUGCCUUUUUCCGACCCAUGAGCUCGCAGAAGCUACAGGCCCAACGGGGAAUGGCACGGCCGACCACGAUGAACAGGCAGAUUGGCUUGCAGGACGAGGCCGGCGAAACCAACAGGGACAGCAUGGUUUCGAGUCAAGGCGCCCGAGCAGGAAUGCAUUCCGGUGACGAGGCAGAAGCACAGCCGCCGCCCUCGAGGGGCACCGAAUUCACUGAGCAGGAAGCGUACGACCGCAGAACAGCUACCACUAGCCCGACUCACGGCCAUCAGCCCACCCUAAGCCUCACUGAUAGCGUCCGUCCAUUACAGAGGAAACCAGAGGCCGCGAAAAACCUUACACUGGACAUCCACAACACAUAUAAUAAGGGUGGGGCGAAUGCACCGACGCCUGUCCGCACCCCGCGCUCUUUGCGAUCUAGCUUCCUAAUGCCGAGGAUGGACUCUAGCAGCGGCAACCGCGAGAUACAGGGCGGGGAGAAGCUAGAAUCCCUAGCCUCGUCUCCUCAGCUCCCGCCCAGCACUGGGGACGAAAAAGCGGCCCCCCAGAACAGGAGCAAGCCGAAACCAGGGCGCAACUACGAAUACUUCUUGGGGAAUACUGUCUUCUGUCUGGGAGGCCGGUUACAAAACACCAGGCACCGGCCCGUGAACAUCGCGACGGGAGCGUUUGUCGCCCUGCCCGCCAUCCUCUUUUUCAUUUUUUCGGCGCCGUGGAUAUGGAGCAACCUAUCUCCAGCUAUACCCAUCACUUUCGCUUAUCUGUUCUUCAUCUGCAUUUCGUCCUUCCUUCACGCAUCUGUCACUGACGCAGGAAUUCUGCCGCGCAACGUGCACCGGUUUCCCCCUCCAGUUGAAAACGAGGACCCUCUCCGCCUUGGGCCUCCGACGACGGAAUGGGCCCUGGUCAAGUCCUCUGACCCGGCCACCGCUGCGAUGGAGGUGCCCACGAAGUACUGCAAGACAUGCAACGUUUGGCGACCACCCCGCGCUCACCACUGCCGCCUCUGUGAUAACUGCGUCGAGACCCAGGACCAUCACUGCGUCUGGCUCAACAACUGUGUCGGCCGUCGCAACUACCGUUAUUUCUUCACCUUCAUCAGUAGCGCCACAUUCCUUGGACUCUACCUCUCUAUGGCAUCACUGGCGCAGAUCCUCGUCUACGCCAACCAACAAGGCAUCUCCUCUGGCGCUGCCAUCAGCCAUUUCCGUGUCCCCUUCGCCAUGGUGAUCUACGGCUUGAUUGCCUUCCUCUAUCCUGCCGCACUAAUGGGGUACCAUCUAUUCCUCAUGGCUAGGGGGGAGACGACACGCGAGUAUCUCAACUCGCACAAGUUCCUCAAGAAGGACAGGUACCGCGCUUUCACGCAGGGCAGCUGGUUCAGAAACUGGUUUGUUGUGCUGUGCCGCCCACGGCCGCCAACGUAUUAUCAAUUCAAGGGUAGAUACGCCGAAGGCGACCAACGGCUUGCGCCUCGCCGCCGGGCUCAUCUUCCUGCUCGACGAAAAGCGGAAGCAAAGGAGGGCCUCGAGAUGCAAAAUGUAAAGCCACAACCUCAACAUGAGCAGACUGGAUUUUCAGGUCCAGUCUCGAUACAGAAUGCCGCCAACCCAGCAUUAGGAGGCGAGCCAUAG